AUGUCCAGUGAGUUGCCAGAUUCUGUUGUUGGGCUCUUAAAGUCCAAGCACUUUGUGCACCUUGCCACGUGCCUCGACAAUUCGCCCCACGUGUCUCUAAUGAAUUAUACCUAUUACUCCCAAGGAAAUAACCACUACAUCAUCAUCUCGACCCCUAUCAACACAACCAAAUACAAGAACAUGACGAGCAACCCCCGAGUGUCACUUUUGGUGCAUGACUGGAUCACUUCGAAACUGGCGGAAACAGGAAGGAGAAAUUCGCUCUAUGAGCUCUUGACAAACAUCAAUAAGGCCGAGACAAACAGCGUCUCUGUCAUGCUUGACGGCGAGGCUGCCGUGGUUGCCAAGUCCGACCUGUCAUAUAGCCUUUACAAAUCUUUGCUUUUGAAUGGCGGGUUCAAGGACGAUGUGCAGGCAGAAAAUUAUUUGACAAGUGACGACAAUGCGUUGGUGCUUAUCACCAUCAAAAAAUGUAAGGUUACUGAUGCCGACAACAACGUGCAACAAUACUGA